AUGGUGAUGGCGAACAUUCCUUUGAAAAAAGUAAAUUAUCUACGUCCAUUUUUGCAAAAAUACUGCCAUGAAGGAGGAUCAAUUCCACAAGCACCAACUCUUCGACAAGUUUAUUUACCUGAUAUUUUUGAUGAUCAUAUUUUAAAGCUUAAGGAUUU